GAAUACAAGUAACGACGAUGUGCGAUGUGAUUAUGUGUUGCAACAAUAAAAUAAAAAUGUUCUCUCUGAAUCAAAUUGCACAUGGCGGCCAUAAAACACCAUGGAAGAAACUCUCCGUAGAAAAUAGACCAAAAACAGAUAUCCCGCCAUCAGAGCAUCGCAAAAGCAGAAGAAGGAAACACCAGAACGCACCUGAUUUUGGGGGCUUCUACCGGGAGCUACCUCGGAACGCCGUGUUCGUUUUCUCCGGCGGCCGUUCCAGCCCCAGUAGCCAGAUCAUCCGACGGUGAAUAGACUGCGUAAGUUGCAAGCAGCCAGCACAAUGACCACAACCCGGGAGGACGUCCUUUUGCAGAUGGGCGAGGUACGCUUCAAGAAGGGCGACGGAACGCUCUACGUGAUGAACGAGCGUAUCGCCUGGAUAGCGGAGCACCGGGAUACGGUCGCAGUGUCCCACCGGUUUCAGGAUAUUAAAAUGCAAAAAAUCUCCCCGGAGGGCAAGCCCAAAAUUCAGCUGCAGGUGGUUCUGCACGAUGGCAACAGCUCGACGUUCCACUUCGUCAACCGGAACGGCCCCGCUGCACAGAUGGCCGAUCGCGACAAAGUGAAGGAAUUGCUGCAGCAGUUGCUGCCGAAUUUCAAGCGUAAGGUCGACAAGGAGCUGGAGGAGAAGAACCGGGUUCUGACGGAGAAUCCGCAGCUGCUACAGCUGUACAAGGAUCUCGUCAUCACACAAGUGCUGCCUAGCGAUGAGUUCUGGGCAUCCUACGCGAAGCAAUACACGGCCAAGGAUCAGAGCAGCAAGCAGGAUAUCGGAGUGUCCGGAGCAUUCCUGGCAGACAUCAAGCCCCAGACGGAUGGCUGCAAUGGGCUGAGGUACAAUCUCACAUCGGACAUCAUCGAGUGCAUCUUCAAGACGUAUCCGGCCGUCAAGCGGAAACACGCAGAGAACGUUCCGGCCAAGCUGACCGAGUCGGAAUUUUGGACCAAAUUUUUUCAAUCGCACUACUUCCAUCGGGAUCGAAUCGCCGCCGGUACCAAAGAUAUCUUCACCGAGUGCAGCAAGAUUGACGAUCAGCAGUUGAAGCAGUCGGUGCAGGAGAAUCUCGGCGAUCCACUGUUGGAUAUUCGGUCCUUCGAGGACAACACCCUGGAGGAGGGUUUCUGCAGCAGUGCCGCCUCCAGUAGUAAGCAAACUGUGAAUAGUGGCAACAUUGUCCACCAGAGCAUGAUCAAACGGUUCAAUCAGCACUCGUUCAUGGUGCUGAAAACGUGCACAGAUGUGAAGACGCUCAACCGGGGGAUUGGAUCGAUUCUGAAUGCCACUCCCGGGGUAAAUCCAAUGGUCAAUGGAGAAAUCAAUGGCAUGAAGGAUAAAUCCAAAGGAGUCUUGAACAACAACAACAAUCUUAUCAAUGGAUUUAGCAAGAAGGAGAAACGAGCUCACGAAAAAAAUCACAUUGCCAAUGGGGACACCAAUGGGACUAUUUACCAUGGCCCGGAGGAACCCUUCAUAGAACCAACGAUGAAACGUGCCCGUAUUCUGGAAAAGAUCCACUACGACGAUCUGGAAGACGAUGAUGAAGCGAGCAACCAACCCAAGCAGCUGAACCUUACAAAAAUCGAACGCUACCUGCAUGGCCCGGUCCCGUCGUCCGGGGCGGCCAGCAGUGGUAGUUUUCACGAUACUCAAUCGGACUACGGUCUGCACGAUAUGGAAUCGGUCAAUGCGUACAUUAUGCAAGCUACCGAAUCGUGGAACAAUCGGACGCCGCACAAGGUGUUGGUCAGCGCCAAAUCGGCUGUGAAUGCCCUCGGAGAACUCAGCCCCGGUGGGGCACUGAUGAGGGGCUUCCAGGAGCAGAGCUUAGCUCAACUUGUGCCUCCCGAUAUCGAGAAGGAAAUCCGUAAUCUCUACCUAUCGCUGCUGGAACUGUUGAAGCACUUUUGGAAGUGCUUCCCGCCGACGACGCCGCAGCUCGAGGCGCAAGCCGUGCGGAUGCACGAAACGUUGCAGCGAUUUUCGAUGGCGAAACUGAAGCCGUUUGAGGACCGUGCCAUGAGAGAACUGUUGCCAUUGGGCGCGUCACUGACGCAGCAUUUAAAUCAGCUCCUGCACUCGGCGAACCGGAAGUUUGGCACCUGGCAGGAACGACAGCGCCGUUCUCACAGGUAGCACUACUACUCGUCGUCCUGUCCGUCGCCGGCAUCGUCCGGGUCGUCGGCUUCUUCAUCACCGGCACACCACAACCACCAACACCACAACCAUCAUCAACCGUUGUCGUCGUCGUCGUCGUCCAAUCAUUACCACCACAACAAUGUCCAUCUAUUUCUCUACGGUUCGUCGAAGCGGCGCCAUCACAAAUAGCAACCAAAAUGCAGCAACAACGGUCCUCCUUGGGGAGAUUCGUUCCGCAUUAUGUGUCAUUAUGAUUCCAAUGCUGGAGAAAGCGCAGAAUGCGAGUAAAACCCAGAGUUAGAUUUAUAUUUUUUCCAGGUAUUCAGCGAAAACUAUUCUGUUAAACAGUGGAAAAAGCAAGUGGGCGAUUAAACAAAACAUUCUUGGAAAAGUUGUACUGAAAGAUAGUGAUUUAAUCAUUACACAACACAAGUAGAAGAGAUGAAAGGGAACGAAAUACAUAUAAUAGGAACAUAUGAAACAGAGCUAGGGAGACGAAGAAAGCAUUAAAGGUUUAGUGAUAUUCAAAGGAAAAUAAUUACAAAAUGGAAAAUGUGAUCAGUUCUCGAAGAAUUGGCCUUUUAAACUGGUGUUUUGAUUUUCCUAAUCUCGUUAAUAAGUUCGGUUUUUAGUUCUCCAAACAUCCACUGUUUCCUGCUGCCUCACUCACUCUGAUAAGGAAAAACUAUUUAAAAAAAAAGUAAUUAAACGGAAAAAAAAAUCAAACGACUGAACCUGCCUUUCGAGUUAAUCGGGGAAGAAUUUAAAAUUUCCUAAAAAAAUUGGAUCAAUGAAGAUUUGUUGAAAAAUUCGAGUUGGAACAGGAGAUCAAUUACAAUCCUCAAAUUACCACUUCGUCCUUGUUUUAAACUCUGCGUUUAAUUAAUAGCUGAUAGGAUAAUAAUCGAUUAACACUAUAUGUGAAGAAUGUGUAGGGAUUAAGGAGCUAUUUCACAGCAGUUAUUUUGUCGUAACUCUUAUUUCGUCUUCGUUAAAUAAUUGGUUCGUUCCCUCGACUGGUUCCUAUAAUAGUAAAUUUGCGGGAUUUGUUUUUUCGUUAUUUUUUUUAUGUCAAAAGUGUUAAAUUUUUCGGUUCGUUGAGAUGAAUAAAAGACGCAGAUGUAUAUUUUUUUUUUGUAAUAAAUCAAAACAAAAUAGCUUGAGAUUUUGGGAAAGGAAAAGCGUACUACGGGAAAUUUGAAUAGUCUGAGGGUAAGAGGUGUGUGAAAUCGAAGAUAAUAAUCGAUGAUAGGCAACAAGUAAAAGAAAUAUGUUUGGUCUGGUUGAUAUUGAAGCAAAUUGAAAAAUGUUUGUACAGUGGGAAAGUUACUUGGGAAGGGGGUCCAGAGCAGAGAGUGAUGAGAGAUAGGAAGCAAAUUAAAUAGAAAUAAACUGAUCCGAAUGGAUGAAAGUAAUUAACGCAAACAACACAAUUACACAAACAUGUAUUCACCAGUAUCGUUUAUACGACAACUGAACACAACAAAAUGAAGAUGAAAUUGAUAGAACACAAAAUAUAAAACAAACUAAAA